UUCUGCGAAUUCUUUCUUGUUCUUAUUUUAGAAAAAUCAUUAGAAUUUUGCGUCUGAGAUUGUAAAUCAGGUUUUCUUCGAAGACUAUUCUGUAGAUCGUUCCAAGAAAAAAUCGGCGGUCGUUAUGUUACGACCGAUUUGCACCAUCGGUCGUCGAAUUUCUUUCGAAAGGAAAUCUAAGGAAUUCAUCCGAACAAAAGUGGUUAAACCCAGUUCUCUCUUGAAGCCAGCGGAUAGAAUUAAACUAUACAAUAGAGAGAACAAGGAUUUAUUCGGGCCUUUGUUGGAGAAUAGUAAGCAGAAGAAGCAGCGUACGCGAGAAUCGGCUAAAAAUAGAUCACAUCAAAACAACGGCGCGACAGCCACAAACGAAAAUACGCUCAAGUUAGAAAGUGAGCGGGAUGUGGUAGCAAGCUACUCUAAGUUUAGUGUGUACCCUGAGAAAAUAACCACGAUGUGGCAGAAUACGAAGAAUUUAGUGAACUUUGUUGGUGUUUUGUUGAACAACACAACAGUGAGAGGGUUAAAGACUGUAGUGCCAGUGAAUGCAGCGAGGAGCUCACCUGCACAGCCUGGGUAUGCAAGCGAAGACAGAAUACUGCAGAUUAAGCAACAUAAGAAUGAUUUUGCUGAACAGUAUCCUUCUGUUACGCUGAUCCUGAACAAAACUAUGACUGAAGACUCACGGUCUGCUUUGGAGAAAUGGAAACAAGAGAGGAUAGCUGAAAUGGGAGAAGAAGAAUUCAAUAAAUUCUACCAGGCUCAAAUGGCAGUUGGUACCAAAUUCCACACUACACUCAAGAACUACUUCACGCAGCCUCAAACACAGCUUCGUAUUGAGAAGGACGUUGAAGGCGUCUGGGUGUCAGUCAGCGAUGUCCUCAAAAGUAUAUCAUCGCCCAAAGCAAUAGAGUCCAAUGUUGUGCACCCCGUUCUGAAGUAUCGAGGAAUAUUUGAUGCAAUCGCUGAUUAUGAGGACAAGCCCACACUAAUCGAAUGGAAGAAAUCCGACAAGCCACGCAAAUCGAUAUCUCUAACGUACGACAACCCUGUACAAUUAGCCGCAUACUUCGGCGCCGUCUGCAACGAUCUAAACUACAAACACUUAAACGUGCGCGAUGCUUUACUCGUUAUCGCGUACACAGACGGGUCUAAAGCUGACGUGUAUCAUCUAUCGACUGACAAAUUGAGGGAGCACUGGGCGCAGUGGUUGAUAAGGCUGGAGGAAUUCAUGAAAACGCACGGGAAAGACUCUGAGAAGAUUCUGAAGGGAGGGAAGCGGCUGUUCGAGGAAGAUAUCGGGAAUCUCCAAUAAAUUAGGAAGAUCUCAGCUCGAAGAUUUAUGAAGAACCAAACCGAAACCUUUUCGAGGAAAACGCUUACUGUGUCGUUACAAAUCUGGUAUUUAUAUAAAUAUUUCUUAUAAUUUGUAUAAUAUCACAUAGUUGAGAAAGUUGCCAGUUAUCCAAAAAUAAUGUAAAUUAAUUGGGACAGUGCGUUGUUGCAAUUAAUGCGAAGGGAAAUUACCGUAUUUCAUUUAAGUGCGAUAGUGCUUAUGGCAAUCGAAGGCCUUAGCCUGUCAUAUUAAAAGUUUUUAUGUAAAACAUUUUACUGAAUUUUAGGGAAUGUUAAAGUUUUGAGAUUGUUGGUGAGAACGGGCUCGAACGAUGUAGGAGAGCGGAUGUUAGAAUGAGAAAGAAACUCGAAAUUUUGUUCCUUUUUAUGUGGCAAGACUUGUAUUAAGUUUUCUUAUCUUAUUUCUCUCAAAAUGUUUUAAAAAUUCAACUAUAACGUAAAAUAGUGGCCAAAGAAAUAGCAACAUUUUCCAGACAUUUAUAUUAACGAACAGGGAAAUAUGUUUACGACAGUUUUCUUUGAUAAACGUCAAUUGAUUAAAA